AUGAAGCGUGCUGCAUUGGUCCUCCUCACUCUUCAAAAUGUAUCCACUGUUCUGCUUUCGCGCUACAUCCGCUCGCGACCAGGCGAUAUGUUUAUCUCCUCAACUGCAGUUGCGAUGAGCGAGUUAGUAAAACUCCUUGUUUGUCUCAUCGUCAUCCUCGUGCAAGAGGGCUUCAGCUUGCGCGGCUUCAUUUCAAACCUUCGUGUCAAUAUCUUCUCCGAUUGUCGUGACAAUUUGCUCAUCGGUGUGCCGGGCAUUCUGUACGCUGUGCAGAACAACCUCCUUUUCCUGAGCGUCUCACAUUUGAAUGCUAGUGUUUUUCAGGUCACAUAUCAGUUGAAGCUUUUCACGACGGCCAUCUUCUUCCGAAUCCUGAUGAAAAAGAUCCUCACUCUGAAGCACUGGGGUACUCUGGUACUUCUCUUCAUUGGAGUGGUACUGGCUCAGGCGGACAGUGCAUCCCAGCGAUCUCAUUCUGCCACCAACAGUGUUGUGGCUUGCACCCUGUCGGGUUUUGCGGGUGUCUUCUUUGAACUCGUUCUGAAGUCCACCAAAAAGACUAUUAUUGUACGCAACAUCCAGCUCUCUGUCUAUGGCAUCGCCACCAGCCUCAUUUCUGUUUUCAUUCAGGACAAAGUUCUAGUCACAGAACGUGGCUUCUUCUUUGGCUAUGACGGUCUCGUCUGGUUGGUUAUUUUUAUCCAAUCUUUGGGUGGCCUGUUGGUAGCCGCGGUGGUCUGCUACGCUGACAACAUCUUAAAGAACUUCUCCACCUCGGUGGCUAUUAUUAUGACCCUCCUACUGUCAGUGGUUUUUCUGCACCACAGUGUCACCUGGUUCCUUGUGGCGGGCAACAUAUUUGUUAUCGGUUCCACCGUACUCUACAACAUGUUACCCCCGCCAGCAGUCCAAAACAACUCCGGUACCUCGACGGACUCGGUAAAGGAGGAGCCGUCCGCCUCCUCUACCAGCACACUGACCUCUUCCGUCUAG